AUACUGCCAGUGAGGAGCUGGGUUCUGCUGUUGGAAGAUAGAAUAUGCCCGUGCCUUUAAAUGCAAGGACAGGCAGAAGCUGGGAGGGACCCUGAGCAGGUUUUAAAAGACCUUGACUGUGGGAGAAGUGUCCAGGAAAAAUGAUUCCUUUUUUGCCGGGAGGCAGUUUGCAAGGACAGGGGGGUUGCUGUGCUCUCUAGCAAAAAUACUGCCCUUGGGAUGUGCAGGGAUGUCGAGUGCCACCGUGUCCCUGAGGUUCCCCUUUCUGCUGUUGGGAGAGCACGAGGUGGAUGGAGAGGAUCCCCAGGCAUCUGCAGGCACAAGGGACUGGGAAUAACUCCUGUCAGCAGCAAGGUCCCCACUGAAGUGGCAGCUGCAGUUGUUCCUGUGGUGUGGGACAGUGGAACUCCAGGAGAGUGGAAGAGGGCAGAACCUGACAUAAAUGCAAGAACCUGCCAAGAAAACCAAUGGCCAACAUUAUUGAUGAGUGCAGGACCUGAGAGAACCCCCUUGAAUGACAACCUUGAGGAGUUUCCAGUACUGGAUUUAAAAGAUGGCCUUUGCUGCAUCUGCUUGAGCAAGGAAAGCCAAGAAACCUUUGCUUUGGCAGGAGAAAAUCUGGAAAGCAGGAAGGAAGAAAAGCAGCCCCCUGACUCCUCCCUGAGCCCCAGACAGCCCAUGAACUGCCUUGCUGGGAAUGGUAGGACGGGAUGGACUCUGGAUUGCUCCCUCUGGAUGUGUGGAACUCCAGGAACUCCUGGUGCCGCCUGGGCCGAUGGAUUGGACGCCCCAGCCCCUCCGUUCCUGCCCAGCCACUGGGUCCGUGUCCAGUGGUGGCACUGCCAGCCCUGCAGUGGGAUGUCGCCUGGAAAGUGCACAGAGCUGAGCCAAGGGAUUGAAAGGGAGCAACCAAGGGAGGUGAAGAAAGAAGGAAGAAGGGAAGUGAGGCAGCAGGCAAGCAGCAGCAAGUUGCUGUGUAAGCAGUGGGAUGUACCCUAGAAACUCCAUGGAGCUGAGCCAAGGGAUUUAGAGAAACUAAGCAAGCGAAGUAAAGAAAGAAUGAAGAAGGGAACUGAGAGAGCAGCCAAGCAGCACCAAGUUCCUCUACAACCAGGUGAGUUGUCUUGAAGUUGACAAGGUGGUCACUUAGAACUUUGGGGGCUCCAGGCACAGGUGACCACCAGACACCUCUGAUGGAGCCCCUCAGAGACCUUAUAAGGGUUUGUGUGUAUGGAAACAGGUGUUGGGGAUGUCCUGAAUAUGGAACAGGAAUGCAGGGAAGGAAAAAGAACCCUCCUGUAAUGUUGACCCCUGCCAUCAGCUGCAGUGGAGACACCUCCGUGUGCCCUUUGGGAGCUGAUUGCCAGGACACCCGUCGGGCUGGGAUCAUGGCAGGGUGUUGUAAGCAAGGAAUGCCUGGCUUCUAAAACUCACCAGUUGAGCGUUAGAGGCUUCUUUGAAGAGCUGAGUUGAGGCAGCAGAAUUGGCCCCCAGGAGGGACUCUGUGCCUGCUCUCCCGUGGCUCCAAGGGAUCUCUGGCCCUUCACGCCGGCACCGAGAUUUUUCUCGGGAAGGGCCUCAGAUCCCCGGACCAGUCUGGGACACAGGCAAGAUCCCCCUGCAUUUUAGGACCAAAUUGGCCCCCCUGGAGGGACAGUGCUGUUGGUGCCCCCGGGUUGGGGCACCCCGAGGACUCCAGCGCGCACCGAAAGGAUUAUUCGGGGAGAUCCUCGGGGUGCCCGGCCCUGGGGAGCUCAAAGCAAGGUCCCUGCAAUGGAUUCAGGCAUUGCUGAGAGUAUCCCAGGGGUCCCUGUCCCUGCUAGACAUGGAGCUCUCUAAUGGACUGUAAUUGGGUGAUAAAAGUGGUGCUCCAAGUGCAAAAGAAGUGUGGGAUUGGGAUUAAGAACUGAGCAGUGAUGGUCCAAUUGGCUGUUUUCUCUGGAAUGUAAUGGUAAGAGCUGCAGGAGUGCCAGGUGUGUGUUCCAGUCCCCAGCAUUUGGUUUGCACAUGUCCUGAUCAGACACAGGUCCAACUUCCUCAAUCCUUAACACAACAGAGGGAGAAUGAAGGACUGGCAGUGUUAAGGUGAUUGGUGUGACAGGGGUGAAACUGGGAAAACAUUGGGGAAUUCCUCAGUUGGUCUAUUUGCCAAAUUCGUCCAAACCUCUGCUCGGAAGAGAUUGAGUGGAAAAGUUGAGGCAGAAAUGAAAUGGAAAAGUGAGGAUACUGAAACUGUAAUUGCUGAAACUAAAUGUGUCCAAGCAGCAGCUCUUGUU